UUUUGGGACACCCUGUGUAUACCCUGUAUACAAGCUUCAUUUUGUGACAGAACUAGGUUUCCUGUAUUUUAUGGUUAUCGCAUGUUCGCGCACAAUUUCUGUUUGAUUUCGUCCAACGUUCAAUCGGUUCAAUAUAUUUCGUUGUUUCUCUCAGUAGAAGUACUUAAAGAUUGUUACUUUUUAAAACAUUAAGUUCCGGUCAAUUAAGCAUAAUUAUGUGGUCGUCUAAUUUAGAUAAUAGUGGUACUUUCGAAGGUGGAUUUUUGGAUAGUACUAACAAAACUGGCCCAGACGACGUAAAAUUGCGUAGAGUACAAACCAUUGUUCCUGUUAUGAUAGGACAUUUACUCGCUGCUAAUUCGGUUGAUGAAACAAUGAUUUGGGAUAUUCCUGCACGUAUGUUCUCGAUUGUUGGAAUAAUACGCCACAUGGAAGAGACUGCAACGAAGAUGUCAUACGAUGUUGAAGAUCAAACAGGUACGAUAACUGCAUUGAAAUGGUUAGAAGCAGAAAAAAAAACAUCAGGCCUUGUCAUGCAGAUGAAUGUAUAUGUUAAUAUAGUUGGCUUACUCAGAGAACAGAAUGAAAAACGACAUAUUCUUAUUUUGCGUUUACAACCACUAGAAGACUUAAAUGAGUUAACAAAUCAUAUAUUCGAAGUUACUUAUGCCACAUUAAAAGCCCAAGCAAUGUCGAAAAAGAAUAAGGAGGGACAAAACAACGAAUCCAGUGUUAUGGAAAAUCAAGAAUCAAGCGAAGAUUCUCCUUAUUAUGGAAUGACAAAAGAUCAGACGUUAGUUUAUAAAAUUAUUCACGCACAAAAUGAUACUGAAUCUGGUAUAGAAAGAUCCGAUAUUAAAGCCAAAGUACCAAAAAAGAUUUUACAAGAACUGGAUACUAUAUUAGAUUUCCUUGUUUCUGAAGGUCACAUAUAUACAACAAGCACAGAUAAUCAUUUUAAAACAACUUAAAAUCAUACAUUAAUAUUAUAAAUUAUGGAUUUUCUUUCCCAUUUAAUAAAAUUUCACAUUAUUUAAGUUUAUUUUGUAAAUUUAUCUUCUAAUAAAAUGUUAUACAUACAUAACAAGAUAA